AUGGCCAUUGUGGUUCUGCAAAUUCAGCAGUUCAAUAGGUUCGCUAUUUGUGCAUCGAUAGGCUCGGACAAGGCGAGUUUAGAGCGAGAGCUCCGACGACAGUGUGCGUUCCAAACACAAGUGGCUCCUUCUGUAACACAGAUUGAGCAUGUAGAUGUUUCAAACAAAUCACUAGUGAAAGUCCAAGGUAAUGGUAACGUCAUCCCUGCCAAAACACACGGUGGUCAGUAUAUGAAUGAAUUUAUUCUUGUCUCUGAAAUGGUCUGGUUUCAAGAUCUCAUGAGAUUUGCACCGCCUUUAUUGCUCGCUAGUAUUCUUAUCUCUUGGGCUAGUCAAGUGAUAGGAGGAUCAGGUACUGUCAAAAGAACCGGUGCUAGAGUUUCCAAUAAAAGAGGAGAAGCCACAAUAACAAAAGCAGAUAACAAUUCCAAAGAUAAGAUUUAUUUUAAGGAUGUUGCUGGAUGCGAAGAGGCUAAACAAGAAAUCAUGGAGCUUGUACAUUUCCUCAAGAACCCUAAGAAGUAUCAAGACUUGGGUGCUAAAAUCCCUAGAGGUGCACUUUUGGUAGGUCCUCCGGGAACGGGAAAGACCCUUUUAGCGAAAGCUGCAGCAGGUGAAGCAGGUGUGCCGUUUCUGUCAAUUUCCGGUUCAGAUUUCGUUGAGAUAUAUGCUGGUGUUGGGCCUUCGAGGGUGAGACAUCUGUUCAGAGAAGCUAGACAAUCUACACCUACCAUUGUAUUUAUAGAUGAGAUUGAUGCCAUUGGUCGUGCAAGAGGAGGUGGUAGUGGUAGUGGUAGUGGUAGUGGUAGCUACGAGUAUGAAAGCACUUUGAAUCAGUUGCUAGUUGAGAUGGACGGUUUUGCUACAACCUCUGGAGUAGUUAUGGUUCUAGCAGCGACCAACAGACCGGAUGUUUUGGAUAAAGCUUUGUUACGGCCUGGACGGUUUUCUUGCCAGAUAGCCAUUGAUAAACCGGAUGUGAAAGGCCGUGAAGAGAUUUUCAAGGUUUACUUGAACAAGAUUAAGCUUGAUCAGGUGCAGCCGUUGUGUUACUACUCUCAAAAGCUUGCUGCUCUCACUCCUGGUUUCUCUGGAGCUGAUAUUGCCAAUCUAUGUAACGAGGCGGCUAUUCUCGCUGCUAGACAUGAAGGUGAUAUGGUUACAAUUGAGCAUUUCGAAUCUGCCGUUGAUCGUGUUAUAGGUGGUCUUGAGAAGAAAAACCUGGUGAUAAGUAAACUGGAGCGACGUACCCUUGCGUAUCAUGAAUCUGGCCACGUGGUUGCUGGUUGGUUCUUGGAACAUGCUGAGCCAUUACUGAAGGUGACUAUCGUACCACGAGGCACAGCAGCUCUGGGGUUUACACAAUAUGUUCCAAACGAGAACCUUUUCAUGACCAAAGAACAGUUCUUCGACAUGACUUGCAUGACACUUGGUGGUCGUGCAGCUGAGCAGGUGUUGAUAGGGAGGAUAUCAACGAGUGCACAGAACGAUCUAGAGGAAGUGACGAAGAUGACGUACAAGCAAGUAGCUGUGUAUGGUUUCAGUGACAAGGUUGGGUUGGUCUCAUUUAGAGAAGAUUUUUGCAAAGCUUAUAGCGACCAAACACGUGCGAUCAUAGACGAGGAGGUUAGGGAAUGGUUGAGGAAAGCUUACGACAAGACGGUGGAGAUCAUUGAGAGUCACAAAGAGCAAGUGGCUCAGGUUGCUGAGCUUUUACUGGAGAAAGAAGUGUUGCAUCAGGAUGAUAUUUUGAAAAUUUUGGGUGAACGUCCGUUUAAACCGGUUGAGAUGACUAAUUAUGACCGGUUGAAAGCUGGUUUUGAGAAGUGUGACAAGGAGGAGUUCACUACCACGGUUAAGCAUGUUGUGGAGGAAGGAGCUUCUUUAUCACAUUCAUAAAUCUUCUUUUCAUAUUUUCCCUUUUCUGCAAUGCUAACUGAUCAGUGAAGUAAACAAAUGGACGUUAGUCGCGGACCGUGGCCGUAAGGUCCGGUUCUCUUCAAUUAAAAAAGCUCAAACCGAUGCAUAUAAUGUCUUAUAUGUUGAGCAAGACAUAUAAAUUUGCUUACAUUC